UGGCAGUAGUCGGAUCGCCGGACGCGGCCGUGGAAGAUUCUCGUGCGAAAGUGGAUUCUCGCCGAAAGUGGAGGCGAAAGGAAAUAGGUGCACAGCAGCCAGCAACCAGCAGCCAGCAGCCUGGAUGCGGAUCAUAUUUUUGGGAUCGGAUCGAGAUAAUGAUGAUCGCGAACCGAUCGGGCUGAACGUGUUGUGCGCGUGUGUUUCGCUUUUUACGCCUUUUUUCAACUGCGACGAGGAAUCGAAUGCGAUUGAGGGUCGGAAAUCGAGGGAAAUUUCAGAACCCCAGAAGUUCCCCCUUCAAAUAACAGUGAAGUGUAUUGUGAAGCAAGAGAAAGAGCACAAGCGAAAAGCAGAAGCAGAAUCAAAAGCAGAAGCAGAAGCAGUGCGCAAAGCAAAGCGAAAGAGCUGAGCAAAGGAGGCAGAGUUUACCAAUCCGAGUCUGAUUUACAGCUGCGUUGGUGUGCGGAAACAUAAACCCCAUUCGCAUAUCCCAAAUCCCAUAUACCAUAUUCCAUAUCCCAGAUUUUACAAUCGUUUUCUAAUGACUUUAACCACUGAAACCGGGCAAGAAAUUACUGGUCGCCGUCUCGGCUCCACACAUCUUCUAAUUUAUUAAAAGCAGUGACAGUGUUUUUUCUCAAUUUUCUGCCUGCGCCCGGUUCGCUGGGCGAGAAACAAAGGGAAGGGAGGCCGAAAUACACAAGUAACAAAAAGUAUAAAAUACAAAUUCAACACGCGAAUGUUUCGAUCGAAAGUCGAAGAGUUGAGUGAAUUAGUGAAAUAUAUAUACACGCGCGUAAAAUCCAUACACACAUGCGCGUUUUUGUGAUAUAUUAAACAACGCUCCCAUAGCAGCAAAUUUAUUUCAAUUGCUAAGUCGGUGGAAAAAUAAGUCGGCCAGAAAAUAAAUAAGCUAACAAAUUGAGGAAUAGCAUAGUACACCCUAUAAAUUUGGAUUAAUUGGGGAACCCCUCAAAGGCGGACAAAUACAAUUAAAUUGGAAUGGCAUCAUCCCCAAACAACGCGGCGCCGCCUGUUUUAUGGCGGGCGAGACGUAAAAUUGGCCUGCAUCUGCGGAGCAUCGAGGAGCCAGCGACGACGCCGCUCCAGUUCCAGCCGACUGGCAGGAUGAACGCGGAGCAGGGGGGCACGGGGUACGGCGGCUACGGAUCCAGCGAGCACUCGCUGCUCAUCGCCACACGCCACGCCGGUGUCCCCCCGCCCCCCGCCCAGCAACAGCCACUCCCCGCCCACUAUCAGCCGCUGAGCCACUCCGGCGCAGCCCCGCCCUCCUCCUCCAACGGAUCCCCCUCCUCCGGCGGCGGAGUCCCCACGUCGGCCACGCCGCAGCCACAGCAGCAGUACCAGGUGCAUCCGCCGUACCAGUACCAGUACCAGUACCAGCAUCACUAUCACCACCAGGCCAACUCGCCGCAGCACCACAGACCCUACGAUCCGGAGCACGCGCGGAUGGAGGCCUGGCUGGACGAGAAUCAGGAAUUUGUACAGGAUUAUUUUAUAAGGAAGGCCACACGUCAGACGGUGGAUGCCUGGCUGGUUUCCCACGCCACCUCGGCGGGCAACGAUGUGGUCAGCAGCACCUCGCCCACCCACGCCAACGGACAGACGAGCUCCUCGCGUGGUGGAUCCGGUGCCACCACACCAGUGCGAAAAAUCUCUGCUCACGAGUUUGAGCGCGGCGGACUUCUGAAGCCGAUUGUCAACACAAUUGACGGCACGCCCACAUUCUUGAGCAUUGGCCCGCCGAUGGACAACGGCGGCGUGGGCGGCAGCUGCAGCAAUCUGCAGAAUGUCGGUGGCGUCGUGGCCGGCCAGUAUCAGUAUCACCACCAGCAGCACCACCAAAACCACGCCCAUCUGCACCACAGCCAGCACAGUCAUUACCAGGCGGGCGGCGCCGUUGGGAGCAGCAGCUUGAGCAUCACCGGUGGCACCGGUGGAGGGGGAGGAGCACCUGGGCUGGCUGUCAGCGGUGGAGCGGGAAAUGGCCAUCCAUAUCCCUACUAUCAUUGCCACCAGCGACCACAGCGCUUGUCUCGCAACGAGCUCAAGCAGCUGGACGAGAAGGAGUUGAUUUUCGAGCUGGUGAAGGACAUUUGCAACGAGCUCGAGGUGCGCACUUUGUGCCACAAGAUACUCCAGAACGUGUCCAUUCUGCUGAAUGCCGAUCGCGGAUCUCUGUUCCUGGUGCAAGGACGUUGCAACGGACCUGAUGGACUAAAAAAAUGCCUCGUCUCGAAGCUGUUCGAUGUGUGCCCCCGGAGCACCGUGGAGGAAAUGGAGCAGCAGGACGAAGUGCGGGUGGCAUGGGGCACGGGAAUCGCCGGGCAUGUGGCCGAGAGCGGGGAGCCCGUCAACAUACCAGAUGCUUACCAGGACGAGCGAUUCAAUUGUGAAAUUGACUCGCUGACCGGCUAUCGGACGAAGGCCUUGCUCUGCAUGCCCAUCAAGGAUUCAUCCGGGGAUGUGAUUGGCGUGGCGCAGGUCAUCAACAAAAUGAAUGGCGAGUGUUUCUCCGAAAUCGAUGAAAAGGUCUUUUCCUCGUAUCUUCAAUUCUGUGGCAUUGGACUGCGGAACGCACAGCUGUAUGAGAAAUCUCAACUGGAGAUCAAGCGGAAUCAAGUGCUCCUGGACCUGGCCCGCAUGAUCUUCGAGGAGCAGAGCACCAUAGAGCACAUGGUCUUCCGCAUUCUCACCCACAUGCAGAGUCUCAUCCAGUGCCAGCGAGUCCAGAUCCUCCUGGUCCACGAGGCGGACAAGGGCAGCUUCUCGCGGGUCUUUGACUUCGAGGCGAAUGACCUGAGCGAGGAGGAGGCCACUUCCCGCACCAGCCCCUACGAGUCGCGGUUUCCCAUCAACAUCGGCAUCACCGGACAUGUGGCCACCACCGGGGAAACAGUGAAUGUGCCCAAUGCCUACGAGGACGAUCGAUUCGAUGCGAGUGUGGACGAGAACUCCUGCUUCAAGCACCGAUCUAUCCUCUGCAUGGCCAUCAAGAACUCGCUGGGCCAGAUCAUUGGUGUUAUUCAGUUGAUCAACAAGUUCAAUGAGUUGGACUUCACCAAGAACGACGAGAACUUCGUGGAGGCGUUCGCCAUCUUCUGCGGCAUGGGCAUCCACAACACGCACAUGUACGAGAAGGCCAUUGUGGCAAUGGCCAAGCAGAGUGUCACCCUGGAGGUGCUCAGCUACCACGCAUCGGCCACCAUGGACGAGGCUCAUCGACUGCGGCGCCUGCGAGUGCCUUCAGCUGUACAUUUCCGACUACACGACUUUAAGUUCGAUGACAUACACUUUGAAGAUGAUGAUACAUUAAAGGCCUGCCUGCGCAUGUUUUUGGAUCUCGACUUUGUAGAACGCUUUCAUAUCGACUAUGAAGUUCUUUGCCGAUGGCUGCUGAGUGUCAAGAAGAACUAUCGCAAUGUUACCUAUCACAACUGGCGCCACGCCUUCAAUGUGGCCCAGAUGAUGUUUGCCAUUCUGACUACCACGCAAUGGUGGAAGAUCUUUGGGGAAAUCGAAUGCUUGGCGCUUAUUAUUGGCUGCCUGUGUCAUGAUCUCGAUCAUCGGGGGACCAACAACUCCUUCCAGAUUAAAGCCUCGUCGCCUUUGGCGCAACUGUACUCAACCUCCACCAUGGAACACCAUCACUUUGAUCAGUGCCUGAUGAUCCUGAAUAGUCCUGGAAAUCAAAUUCUGGCCAAUCUCUCCUCCGAUGACUACUGUCGGGUCAUCAGGGUGUUGGAGGAUGCCAUUUUGUCCACUGACUUGGCCGUGUAUUUCAAAAAACGAGGUCCUUUCUUGGAGAGUGUGAGCCAGCCGACGAGCUACUGGGUGGCGGAGGAGCCGCGCGCCCUUUUGCGUGCAAUGAGCAUGACUGUCUGUGAUUUGUCGGCCAUCACGAAGCCGUGGGAGAUUGAGAAGCGGGUGGCCGAUUUGGUGAGCUCGGAGUUCUUCGAGCAGGGAGAUAUGGAGAAGCAGGAGCUCAAUAUAACUCCUAUUGAUAUCAUGAAUCGCGAGAAGGAGGACGAGCUGCCCAUGAUGCAAGUGAACUUUAUAGACUCCAUUUGCUUGCCAAUCUAUGAGGCCUUCGCAACCCUCUCCGACAAGCUUGAGCCUCUUGUCGAGGGCGUGCGCGGUAAUCGGGGCCAUUGGAUUGAUCUGGCCGAUGUCGUGAAAACCAAAACUAGUCAGGGAUUGGAGCCGGAGGAGGAGCAGCAGCAGCAAAAUGUGAUAUCGAACGGUGACUGCAAGGCGAUGAGUGAUGGUGAUGUGGCUGCGACGGAUGCGGAAGUGCCAGCGGACUCCCCGAGCGAGAAAGCAAGCGUAAAUGGCUCCAACGUUGCCACCAACAGCAGCUCAACUAAUAAGAAAAUUGCCGUCGCUUCUCACCCCACCAGCACCCAGCCCAGUGAUGAUGAUAAUGAUGAUGCAGAUGCAGAUGCGGAUGCGGAUGUGGAUAAAGUGGACGAGCAGCCCGCCGAGGAAAAUGGUCACGAUGCUGAAGUGGAUGAGGCGUCCUGCCGCUCCAACAGUACCUGCAGCUCCUCGACCGCCUCCAGUCGCUUGUCCACUCCACCGCCCACCGGCGAGGAUGACAGUACGCCCGUCUCGCCCUCGAAAACCCUCCAGGCCAAGCUGGUGGCAGCCAAUUUGAAGGCCCUGCAACGGCAGUCAUCCAAUCAGGUCCAGACCCAAAAGCAGCGUUGCAAGAGUUGCGACCAUUCGCGCAGUGGGCUGCAGGUUCGCAAGACGAGCUCCCUGCGCGGCGCGCAAGAACUCGAGCUAGAGAGUAAGGCAAAAAAUGGAACACACGCUGCUCUCUGCAAAAGCACGCCCGUGAUCAACAACCACAACCAUCACCAUAGUCAUAGUCACAGCCACAACCACAACCACAACCAUAACCACCACCAUCAUCAUCAUCAUCACUCGCAUCACAAUCACAGUCAGCACGGAAUUGGGAUUGGCAGUGCCAGCAUCGGCGGUAGUGGGUUAAUCAGCCUGACCACUCCACUGCUGGCUAUGGACAGUGAUAGGAUACCAAAAAUCGUAGGCAAAAUUGGAAAUAUCGAAGGCCUGCCCUUCGCUAAUGGCAUUGGAGGUCCACAAAGUGGCCAUGGGUUGCCCUUUGGCAGCUUUCAGCAUCAGCAUCAUCAUCUUCACCAGCAUCAUCAUCAUCUACUGGCGCGUCGGCACUCGGAGACAAAUAGCAAUGGGGCCACCGCUAUGGCGGCUGAAAAAUAAAUACAUCCCAAUCUGGUGUGUUCCUAGAAACUCUGAAACAGAUAAGGGGUUCAUAUUUAGCAUGAUAACUCCUAAACCACAUAUGUGAUGCCUAAAAGUAUGCAAGAAAUCCUCUUACUUGUAUUGGUCAAAACUCUUCAAAAGGUUCUGUAGACAAAUCCGCUGUGGCGGGAAUUCUGGAUCACAUUAGCAUAUCUUCAAUAUGUACAUAGUUCUAUACACCUCAUCCGAAUCGCAACCCAAUACCGCACACUCUCAUCUUGUAUAUAACAUCCAUUUUGAGCAACAGUAUCGCAGUAGGAGCAGUAGAAAAGGAUAUUGAGACAAGCACAUAACAUAAGCAAAUUGUGGCUCAGCAAUUUGAAAGCCUACAACUAAAUCUAAAUAGAAAGAUUCCUAUAAACGUAUGAAAGUCGUCAUAUACUUAUGUAUGUGUAUAUUCUGAUCUGUGUGUGUUUGUAACUUAAAUCUUUAGUUCGUACCGUCAGAGUUAGCUAAUGAUAAUGCAAAGAAGUCAAAUUCUCUAGAUGUUUAAGCACCAACCAACAAAAGAAACAAAACAAAAGAUAAAUCUUACCAAAAAUGGCAGAGUAGUGGACCCUUUAAUUGUCGUUCGCUUGCAAGCUACGCUCAUUUUUAUGGAACACAGCAAGGAUAAAAGUAUUGUAAUGUCCGCGAAACACAUACAUAUUCGAGUACGAUAACACUGUAUAACUGUACGCGUUAGUUGAAUUAUCUCUAUGGGUACCAAAAGUCUAACUUUAGUAGCAUUAGCCAACCGCUUAGUGAUGAUGUUAGCUGUCGAGUAACGAGAAACCGAAACCGAACCGAUCGCGAGCCUAGAUUGUAAUAAUCACCUAUAAUACACCCGAAACCGGUAACCAGAAAACAAAACAAACACUUGGCGCUCGGAUCUUCCCCGUCUCUGCGCUCUUUUCGAAUUUAAAUAAUUGUAAUGUUAUGCGAUGAUAAGAAAUGUAUUUGUAUCUACAUGUGUACUGGAUACUGGAUGGUCCUGAUGGGCUGGCCCAAUGUGCAGAGCCCAGACCAUCUCGGGAGCAUAUAUCCUUGUGGCAACGGCACGUCUAACGUUCUGCGUGCCACUGGGAACCACUGCUCGUGCAUAGUUGCAGAUGCGCGUAUAUAAAUUCAUGUAAUCCUUCUUUAGACUAGAUUGUACUUUGUGAGUUUUGUUAUUUAUUGUCGGCAUUAUAGAGAAACCUAUCAAAAAUACACAAACUAUUUGCUGUAACGGACCAUGUUCAAUAAGGCAAAACUAAAUAAAGCAACAUAAUACCUAAAA